CCGCGCGCAGCCAUGGCGAGCAGCUCGCAGACGCCGCCCGAGCAGCCGCUGCAGGUGAAGGUGGUGGGGCUCUUCAAAAGCUCCAGCUUUCAAAUUGCGAAGAGCGCCGCUGAGAGUCUGAAGAGUAAUUAUCCAUCCAAAUUUGAAGACCCUAUAAUAGUUCCUGUUCAAGAAUUUGCAUGGGAUCAAUAUCUACAGGAGAAAAAAAGGGAACUUAAGAAUGAAAUCUGGGAAUAUUCUUCCUAUGUGAUGUGUUUUAUUAACGAUCAGCUCCUGGGUGAUGCACUUGAUCUUCAGAAAUGGGCCCACAAAGUGUGGGAUAUAGUUGAUUUUAAGCCUCCUGCACUUUAUGAAGCACUUACUACGGAUUAUUCUGCCAAAUUCUUAAGAGACACGAAGCAUAAUUUUGUGUUCUUGGACAUUUCUAUUGAUUUUUAUCCAAUUGGAAGAUUGAUUUUUGAGCUAUAUUGUGAUACAUGUCCCAAAACAUGUAAAAAUUUUCAGAUCCUGUGCACAGGAAAAGCAGGGUUUUCCCAAAGUGGCAUCAGGCUACAUUACACAGGUUCCAUUUUUCAUCGAGUGGUACGGAAUGGUUGGAUACAAGGAGGAGAUAUAGUUGCUGGAAGAGGAGAUGGUGGAGAGUCAAUUUAUGGACCAACAUUUGAAGAUGAAAACUUCUCAAUUCCUCAUAAUAAAAGGGGAGUUCUUGGAAUGGUCAACAAAGGCCGUCACAGCAAUGGGUCACAAUUCUACAUCACACUACAAGCAGCUCCCUAUCUAGACAGAAAAUAUGUGGCUUUUGGGCAAUUGAUUGAAGGAACAGAUGUUCUUCAUCAACUAGAAUUGGUUCCAACAGAGAAUGAAAGACCAAUACAACAAUGUGUAAUUAUUGACAGUGGAGAGCUUUAUGCCUAACCUUCCUAUCAGUAUUUUCUGACAAUUUAUUAUUGUACAUCUGAUCAGCUGUUUCUAGAUUUAAUUAAACAGUGCUUGUUAAAAUUUGAUUUGAAAGCUGUGGCAGACGCUGUAGGUUAGCUCUCCCAACACCCAAUCCCUCCCCAUUUUCCUUUCUUGCCUAAAGCAAAAUACACAAUUUUCCAGCCUCCUUUGCAGCUAGGAGUAGCCAUGGGAUACUGUUCUGGCCAGUGAGACAGCAGCAGAAUGCCAGUGGUCCUGCCCCUUCCCCUCUAUCCAGUCUUGAAUGCAGAGAGGCUGGAGCCAUGAAGGAAAGGCCAAGAGAACAACAGAGGUGUCAGCCCCAAUUCUUGAGCUGCGGGACCAAUACCAGCAACUCCCUAUGUCUAGAUUUCUUGCUAUCUGAGACAAAUAGAUCCCUGUUUCUUGGUCGAUUAUUGUUACUUGUAGCCAAAACCAUUCUUAAUGUAGCAGCAGUACC